GCAAGCCACUCCCCUCAGCCUCAGGCAACUUAUUCUCUCCCAGGGCUGGAGCUGCUCAGAACCUUCAGGGACCUCAGGAGUCAUGGAUCCCCUGCAGCAGCUGAUCUUCUUUGUGAAUGGCAGGAAGGUGGUAGAGCAACAUGUCGAUCCUGAAAUGAUGCUGUUGCCGUACCUGAGGAAGAAUCUCCGACUCACAGGCACAAAGUAUGGCUGCGGAGGGGGAGGCUGUGGGGCCUGCACAGUGAUGGUCUCACGAUACAACCCCAGCACCAAGACGAUCAGGCAUCAUCCAGUCAAUGCCUGUCUGACCCCCAUCUGCUCUCUGUAUGGUACAGCUGUCACCACGGUAGAAGGCAUAGGCAGCACCACGACCAGACUUCACCCUGUUCAGGAGAGGAUCGCCAAGUGUCAUGGCACGCAGUGUGGAUUCUGUACUCCUGGGAUGGUGAUGUCCAUGUAUGCACUGCUCAGGAACCACCCAGAGCCCACGCUCGAUCAGUUAACGGACGCCCUUGGUGGAAAUCUGUGUCGCUGCACUGGAUACAGGCCCAUAAUUGAUGCAUGCAAGACCUUCUGUAAAGCUUCUGGGUGCUGUCAGAGUAGAGAAAAUGGGGCGUGCUGUUUAAAUCAAGGAAUAAAUGGAUUGGCAGAAUUACCGGAAGGUGAUGAGACAAGUCCAGAACUCUACUCAGAAGAGGAGUUUCUGCCACUGGACCCAACCCAGGAGCUGAUAUUUCCCCCAGAGCUGAUGAUAAUGGCUGAGAAACAGCAACUCAAGACUAGAGUGUUUCGUGGUGAUAGAAUGACAUGGAUUUCCCCAGUGACUUUGAAGGAACUUGUGGAAGUUAAAUUCAAGCAUCCCCAGGCCCCCAUUGUCAUGGGCAACACCUCUGUGGGUCCCGCAGUAAAGUUUAAAGGUGUCUUCCACCCCAUCAUAAUUUCUCCUGACAGAAUUGAAGAGCUGUGUGUUAUAAGCCAGGACCGUGAUGGGCUGACCCUCGGUGCUGGCCUCAGCCUGGAUCAGGUGAAGGACAUUCUGGUUGCUGUGGUCCAGAAACUCCCAGAAGAGAAGACACAGACAUACCGUGCCCUCCUGAAGCACCUGAGAACUCUGGCCGGGUCCCAGAUCAGGAACAUGGCUUCUUUAGGGGGCCACAUUGUGAGCAGACAUCUGGACUCGGAUCUGAAUCCCCUCCUGGCUGUGGGGAACUGCACCCUCCACUUACUGUCCACAGUUGGAGAAAGACAGAUCCCGUUAAGUGAGCAGUUUCUCCGCAAGUGUCCUGAUGCAGAUCUUAAGCCUCAGGAAGUUUUGGUCUCAGUGACCAUCCCGUGUUCCCGGAAGUGGGAGUUUGUGUCAGCCUUCAGACAAGCCCAGCGCCACCAGAAUGCAUUAGCAAUUGUCAAUUCUGGAAUGAGAGUCCUAUUUAGAGAAGGAGGUGACAUCAUUAAAGAGUUAUCCAUUUUGUAUGGCGGUGUUGGUGCAACCACCAUUGGUGCUAAGAACUCCUGCCAGAAACUCAUUGGAAGGUAAGACAUUGUCUUUAGCUUCCAGGUAACAGAACAAUCCAAUCUGUGGGAAGAUGUAAUGAAAAGAAGG